GCAUUUUGUGGCGUACACGUGAUGAGACUAAUCCCUUCCCCUCACCCAUUCAGCUUAUCUCACCAUUGACAUCAGAGCUGAAUCUCAUUCUUACUCACGUUUCGUAUGAAACCUCACAACAACAUCGUGAGCACCCUCUCACUCCACCGCAACAAUGGGCCCCAUAUUCACCGGGCUCAUCGCUCUACCGCUCCUCUGGAUUACGUCUCAAUUAUGGAACCUUUACACAAACUACAGAGCAGCUCUUACCGUAGGCCUACCGAUAAUAAUAUGCCCUUAUGACCCAGAAAAUCUCAUCUACGUCGUCGCCUCUGUCCCCCUCCGCCCUCUCUUCAAACGCCUCCUCCCCGCAACCUUCUUCGCCACCGUAGAACUCACCAUCGUGGGCUGGGAGUUCCGCGACAAGUCCGCCGUCCACGAUCGCAUCGGCCCGGCUUUCAUGCUCGUCACCACGGGCCUCAACCAGCUCAUCUGCGCCGACCCGACCAUGGCGCACGCCAUCUUGAACGGCCGUCGGGAGUUUGUCCAGCCGGAUAUCGUGUGCAAGGUCAUGGGGUUCUUGGGUUCUAACAUCUUGACUGUGAGUUCAGUGUAUUUCACAGAUUUCAGUCCCAGUUUUAAGCCUCUAUGGAUGGGCUUUGACGGACGAACAAGACCUAGUGAUGCUGCGCUUAUCUCCCAUCACCGAAGUUCACUUCACCGAAAGUGAGAGAAGGUCUGUAAGCUGACUGUUGGAUUCACAGGUGGAAAAGGAAAAUACUCGAGUAUCGUGGGUAGCAACGA